AUGGAAUCGCUGUUGUUGAAGCUGAGGAUCGGAGUGGACAGAUGGUUAGGGUGUUGGUUAUGGUUCCGUAUCCGUGGAUGUGUUGGGGGGAUAUGUUGGUGGGGGAGUAGAUGGCGUAGAGAGGUUUGGUGGGGUGGAGGGGAGGAGAUUCCGACGAGGAUGGAGAUGAAGGGGACGGAUAUUUGGGCCUUGGGUGUAAGUUUGUUGGGGAAUGGUGUUGAUGGGUGA